AUGGGGAUCUCCGACCAGUACGCCGAGCUAUGGAAAGCCAUCAUACGGCCUCCCAGGGACCAGUACGAGCCCAAGGACCUCGGCCCUAAGCGGUUUCGAAUCGCAGGGCAAGUGAUUCACCGGACAGAUUUAGUGCUGGAAAAUUCCUAUGGGAAACACUUACAAUGCAGUUGGUUUGAACCCGAACGCAGGCCAGCCAAAGAGCUCCCAUGUGUCAUCUAUCUACACGGUAACUGCAGCUCGCGUAUUGAGGGAAUCGCUACACUGCCGGUCCUCCUACCAUUCGGGAUCACAUUAUUCGCGUUUGAUUUCGCCGGCUCAGGGAGGUCCGAUGGCGAAUACGUCAGUCUGGGGUACUUUGAAAAGGACGAUCUAGCCUGCGUGGUGGAGCAUCUCAGGGCCACGGGAACUGUUAGCACUAUCGGGCUGUGGGGUCGUAGUAUGGGUGCAGUGACUGCACUACUACACGGUGAUAGAGACCCUAGCAUUGCAGGCAUGGUGCUCGAUUCGCCUUUCCAAGACCUGCGUAUUGUAGCUGAAGAAUUGGUGAUUCAAUUUGGUGGUUUUCGAGUACCGAAAUUCAUUGUAAACAUUGCUAUGAGCAUGAUACGCAAUUCAAUCAGAAGUAGAGCCAACUUUGAUAUCAACGACCUAGUACCUAUCAAACAUGUCGAUCGGACUUUUAUACCCGCCCUUUUCGCAGCUGCCGAAGACGACACGUUUAUUAAACCGCACCACGCUCGAGCACUCUAUGAAGCUUAUGCAGGGGACAAGAAUUUGGACAGUCGGAGUGGUGACCGUCAGCCGCUCGGUCUGGACAUGGUACGGCCAAUCCAGGAGCCCCUCGAUCAUUAUAGUGGGAUAUUCUCGACGUCCACGUGUGAGGUAUGCGUAGGUUUACCCCAAAUCAAGGAUGAGGAGGAGAUGAUGAUGCAACAAGCAAUAGCGUUGAGUCUCCAACCGGACGAGCCCGCGGCCCCUAGUGCUCGGCAAGACUCCUCCAUCAGUUUCCUAGCUCAAGAGACUGAUCUCCUGCAUCUCGAUGACUCCGAAGAUUCCGCUUCUACUACCCGAGUAGAGCGGGUAGUGAAUAAAGCUGGCGAGAGUGAUGCGGAUGGGGUUCAUUCUGGCACUGAGGUGGUCGAGGUCGAUUCUGGUGAGAAGUCCCCGCAGAAAAAAUGA